AUGGAGGAUAGCGAAGAAGAAGAAGACGACGAUGAAGAAAAGGAGAAUCCAGGGGAGCGGAGAAUGGGGUAA